CAAACGCCUCUUCUCCUCGUUGCACAAGCUCACCUGGCAUCCUCAAAGCCAACCGGCGUGUAUACACACGCAGAUACAGUCCUUUUCUGGGGAGCUUCAAGCUCUCCUUUCUUUUCUUCACGCAAACCAUGACAUCCUACAACUAUGGCAUGCCGGGGUGGAACUAUCCCCCACCAAAUCAACAAUCUUUUCAAAACCAACAAAACUUUCAAAACCAACAUUCUUUUCAAAACCCACAAUCAUUUCAAGACCAACAGUCGUUUCCGAACCAACAAGCCUUUCAAAACCCACAAUUCUUUCAGCCUCAACAGGGUUAUAUGAUUCAACCAUCGCCACAGCCUCAACAGUUGUACGGAUAUCCGCCAGUCUAUACACCUCAUACUCCUCUUCCACCGCAAUGGGUCUAUGGGAAUCCGCCGCCCUUUCAACCUCAAUUGAACUAUCCACCUCAAACGAGCUUCCCACCUCAAACGAGCUUCCCACCUCAAACGAGCUUCCCACCUCAAACGAGCUUCCCACCUCAAACGAGCUUCCCACCGAAUCCAACUCUGCAAGUCCAGCAAGCCCCACAAAACCAACAAAGGCAGAAAGGCGCACUUCAAAAUCCUCCAUGGAGAAGCAUCCCUGUUCCGGGGCCGAUCUUUCAUAUCGAAAACGAAUCGCUCAGCAAACAACUUCCCAACCUAUUGGGAUGUUAUAACUGCCCGGAAGGUACUUGCGUACGGUGUCUCAACCUGUACACAGAUCAUCCACUGAAUCAGAGGCUACUGAACGAAUGUGAGGGUCCUUGCGGAUAUUGUGGCGCCACCCAUCCUAGAGGCUGUCUAUGUCCUCGCCUAUACGCGCUCCCUACGUGGAUUAAAACCCAUUGCUCCCACGUUCACUCGAGUUCCAUUCGCGUUCGUCCCGACAGGGAGGAACAUGAGAGUCUCCAACUGAAUGGCUUCAUUAAGGACACAUCGGCGUUCUUUGAAUCUAGUGUACCAUUAUUUACUGAGAAAGGCUGGGCCUUGAACAAGUCCACCACGACUAGCUACCUGGCCACAUCACUUGCCAAUCGUAGGUACUGCUCUGAUCCUACAUUGAGACAAAAUACAGGCAACCCUCCUAUGCCUGAAGGUUGGGGGCAUGGUCCUCCUCUUAUCAUUGACUCAAGCCGGCCGGAUAAUUCAGACUGGGCUCUGCAAGCGAUACGUGCAGGAGAUCUACUGCCGGAAUCUGCCACAGCAUCAUCAGCUCAACCGCCUUUCAGGACACGGGAAAUGACUCAGAAUGCUGGUUCUGAACCCUCUCCGAAUUCUUUGCAUCCGCAACAACAACUAGUUCAAGCUCCUUUAUCUUCGAGGCCCGUUCCCCCAUCGAACUUAUCGGCUCCUUCACAAGACCAUCAACAGCCAAACAGGGGAUUAAGUAGUCAAUAUGCUACUCAAACAAAUGCUGUUGUCACUUCCAACCCCGCAGAGCAAACCCUCGGCGAGAUGAUAGAAGAGGAGAUGCGCAAAGCCGAUGCUAGAAAUCUAGCUGCUGCUGCUUCAACCACACAAGCCCUUCAACAGCUAGAUAUUGGAGCACAAAGCCACGACGCCGUCCAUUCCCCACGCUCAAGCCUCAUAAAUACCGCGCAACAUACUCCUCACGAACCAAACACCGCGUGGAAUCAUAGCGCAGGCAGUCUGGGAAGCCACACUGACAUAUGUGGGUUUUGCUCCGACGCGAUUACCUCACGAGAAUCAACAUACACAACAAUUUGUUCUCAUAGGAUACAUCUGCAGUGUUUGAUUUCGGAAAUAGAAUCAGACGCUGAAUUGAAAGUUCCGAGAUGUCCCGUUUGUGGGAAACGUCUUGGUGAUUGUACGGCGUAA